AUGGCUGAGCCUUCGCUGCCCCUCUCCUUCCUCUGCCUCCUCGCCCUCUCCUCCGCCUGCUACAUCCAGAACUGCCCCCGGGGUGGGAAGCGGGCUCUGGCCGACACGGCCCUCCGGCAGUGCAUGCCCUGCGGCCCCGGGAACAGAGGCAACUGCUUCGGGCCCGGCAUCUGCUGCGGGGCAGAGCUGGGCUGUUUGCUGGGCACGGCGGAGACCCGGCGCUGCGCAGAGGAGGAUUAUCUGCCCUCGCCGUGCCAGGCGGGCGGGCAGCCCUGCGGCUCCGGCGCCCGCUGCGCAGCCCCCGGCAUCUGCUGCACCGCCGAAACCUGCUCGAUGGACGCGAGCUGUCUGGAGGAGGGCAGCGAGGGCGCUCCAGAGGCAGCCGACAAGAACCUGACAGUGCUGGAGGGCUCCGCUGGGGACCUGCUGCUCAAGCUGAUGCACUUGGCCAACCGACAGCAGCAGCAGGGCAAGCACCCCCUGCUCUGA